AUGGAUGCGGCAAGUCAGAUGAAGCCAGAUGCUUGGACUGUUUCUUCUAAUGAAGCGUUGAAGCUAUCGCUUGUUGACGAACAAGGUGCGGUUCAAUUUUGCCCCAUCUUCACCUAUCCGAUUUUUGGUGAUUCAGAGCAGAUAUUCGGUUACCAAGACUUACAAAUUUUUCUAGCAUUCGAUUCGAUCACAUUCAAACCCUUCUCUAAUGUUAGGUAUUCCGCCAAGCUUAUGGACACUGUCGAUGACGUUCAAAAGAAGAUUUUGGAGUUUUUACCUCCCAAUGACGUUGUUGUAAAGGAUGAAAUAAGCUGGGUUGACAUGUUUACCAAAGAGCGCCUAUCUUUCAACCUACCUGGUAGUCACUUGAGGAUAAAGAGUUAUGACAUUGAAGAUGAGCAAUUCGCAAUUUACAAAGUUCAGCUUCAGGACCCUAAAAUCAAACUUCUCCACAAACGCAUGCAAAUAUUCACACUCUUCUUCAUUGAAUCAGCUUCGUACAUCGACGACGAAGACGAAGGAUGGGAAAUAUUCCUCACUUUCAAUGUUAAAACUAAACAGUGUAUUGGAUACAGUACUACGUACCAAUAUUGGAAAUACACCGGUGGUCCUGAGUUUGAUAUUGACGCGAACUCGUCAGCGACAGGAAAAAUAUCACAAUUUCUUAUCUUCCCCCCCUAUCAAGGCAAAGGCCAUGGCUCUUUGCUUUAUAAUGCCAUUUUUGACAUAUGGCUAGGAAGUCCUAGCGUUCGGGAGAUAACCGUUGAAGACCCUAACGAGAGCUUCGAUAUUUUGAGAGAUCGGAAUGACUUUCUCCGGCUCCAGGGCACGGGCUUUGCCGAAGCUAUUCCUGAUCAGCUCCCUUUGGAUCAAGAAUGGCUUAAAUCCCAAAGGCUUUCGCUAAAACUGGAAAAACGGCAGUUUAUGCGACUGAUAGAGAUGACACUCCUUAAUAAAUCAUCUCUCAAUUUCCGGCUGCAAGUAAAGAAGCGACUCUUCGAGAAAAAUUUCGAAAUUUUGAGUGACUUAGAUAUCGCUGCGAGAAAUGACAAGCUUCAGAGUGCAUUCAUUUCGGUUAAAGAAGAGUAUGAAAGUAUUCUGAGGUCUCUUAAAUCUGCGAAGCGUCUUGGUGCUGAUCAUGCCAAUUCAGCUCCCAAGAGACUAAAAACGAACUAA